AUGUUGAAUCUGAAGAUUGAACCAUAUGAAAAUGUUUUGUUCCAAAAAGGAAAUACUAUAGUUGGUGAGAGUCAACUUCCUAAUUCUAUGGAUUCUGAUAAUGACACAAAUCUUCAUUAUAGAAAAACUAUUCAAUUUGAUAACACAGAUUUAAAUUCUGAUGAUGAUGAUGGCAAAAAGAAAGAAAGUUAUUCUGUCUAUGAAGCCGGUAUUUUAUCAACAGCCACAGACGAAGAUGGCAUACCAUCUGCCACACAUCCUAUGGAGAAACAAAUCCUAAAGAAAAUGGAUAUGUUUUUAAUUCCUUUGAUGUGCUUGCUAUAUUUUUUAUCUAAUUUAGAUAAAUCAAAUAUUGGUAAUGCAGAAAUUGCUGGAUUAUCAAAAUCGUUGAAUUUAAAGGGAAGAGAAUAUAAUACAUGUGUUACUGUAUUCUACGGUUCUUACAUUGUUUUUGAUCCAAUUGGUACAAAUCUUUUAAAAAUAAUUGGUCCAAAAUAUCUAAUGACUAUAUGUUUACUUUCAUUUGGUCUUAUUUCGUUAUGUACUGCUUGGUGCAAAAGUUUUGGCGGUUUAGUUGCUGUUAGAGUUCUUUUGGGCUGUAUGGAAGGUAUCAUUUACCCUGCUAUCAAUAUGUAUCUUUCUGUUUGCUAUAGAAGAGAACAAUAUGCCAAACGAUUUGCGUACGUGUUUUCAGCUGCGUGCUUAUCUUCUUCAUUUGGUGGGUUAAUUUCAUAUGGAUGUUCCAAGAUUAAAGGCAGCCAUUUAGCUGCCUGGCAGUAUAUUUUCAUUGUGGAAGGUGCCAUUUCUAUUGGUUGCACACCAUUAUAUUUUUUUGGUAUGGCUAAAGAUUUAGAGAAUAGUUGGUUCUUUAACAAGGAAGAAAAAGAAUAUGUUAUGGAAAGAUAUAAGACCAUGAAUACUUUUAACCCAGAAGAAAAAUUUGAUUGGGAGCAAGUGUGGUUUGCAAUUAAAGAUAUUAAGACAUGGGUUAGUGCUGUUGCUCUAUUUGGUAUUGAUUUAACUACUUUUGGUUUAACUGUUUUCUUACCAAUUAUUAUUACUUCACUUGGGUUUACUAACGUUAGAGCUCAAUUGAUGACAGUUCCAGUUUAUUUUCUAACAGCAAUUGUUUUCUUUAUAUGUGCAAAUUUGUCUGAUCGCCUUAAGUUAAGAUCCCCAUUUAUUGUGGGAGCUUGCCUAACCACUAUUAUUGGGCUAGCAAUUGUACUAGGCUCUCAAAUUCAUGGUGUGAGAUAUUUUGGUGUCUACAUUCUGUGUAUGGGUAUCUAUGUCAAUGCUGCGGUCAAUUGUUUAUGGCUAAGUGGCAAUGUAGGUAAUUAUUUCAAGAGAGCUACCGCCUUAGGCAUUAAUUUGUUUUUAGGUUCAGGCUCAGGCUUGGUAGCUGGUCAAAUAUUUUUUGCUAAAGAAAAACCACGUUAUAUUACUGGCCUUUCGAUUUGUUUGGCUUUUCAAGUAUUAUCAAUUAUUAUGACAUUGCUGCAAUUAUUUCUCUACAUGUGGGAAAAUAAAAAGAAGGAUGCUAUUACAAAACGCUGUAACGAAACAGGCGAACCUAUACCUUAUGAUGAUAAGUUAAGUGAUAAGAAUCCACAAUUCAAGUACAUGUAUUAG